AUGGAUCCGUUGGUAAUGCAAGACAAGUAUCUUUUCAAUAUAUCGUCAAACUCUACAAACAUAACACACCAAACAUUGCCAACAUUGGAGGCACUGUCCGAUCCGUACCAAUCUAUACUAUCGGUUAUCUAUAUUAUUACUGCUGUCACAGCAUUUAUAGCCAAUAUAAUUGCAUUGAUUAUGCUAUUAGGUCGGAGCCGAAAGUCACAGCAAUUAAAAAAAUAUUUAUCAAACUUAGCGAUUGCCGACCUAUUUGUGGCCCUGUUUUCCAUACCGUUUACAUACGUAGACCUAAUGUAUGGUCAGUGGAUAUUCCCGUUGUGUUUGUGUCCAUUUGUGCACUUUAUUCAGAUCAUUGCCUGUACUGUAUCUAUAUAUACACUCAUUGCCAUUGGUAUCGGCAGGUAUUUUGCAAUAGUAACAGUUCUCAACCAUAUGAGGAUGCGAUUGAAAUCACAUACAAAUCUCAUAAUAAUCUUGAUUUGGAUAUUCAGUAUAGUAAUGGCAUCGCCCUUAUUGUUCACGGCUCGGGCCUCACCCUUCAAAUACGGCAACGAAACACUAUAUGACUGUCGCGAGACAUGGGAGGGACAGCUAAGCGGACGCAUAUAUACUGGUGUUAUAUUUGCCCUGACAUUCAUUUUACCGUUCAUUUCCUUAACAUUUGUUUACGGAUCAAUUGGCCUAACAAUAGCCCGACACAAAAUACCGGGAGAUGAGAGCAGCACUGGUAGUGAUGACAAAGCACUCACACAUAAAAAAAUUAAGUUACGUGACUUCAUAAAUAUUAUGACCUGUAGUGCCAAACGAAAGGCCAAAAGCGAAAGAUAUCGCAAAACGUUUGGAAACCCGAACUCAAUGACAGCUUUCAGACGCAAACACAUUAACGUUAGGUUCAAUGUUCACAACAAUGUCUACAUCCCUGAGCCCACACUUAAUACUGUUUGA